CGCAACAUCGCGAGACUUUCGGGAACGCUUGCGAAGCCGACCAAGCGGAGGGUUUGGGGAGAAGUAAAUGAGAGAAGUAAAACAUUCUUCAUUAGUUGUUAAUUUUCUCGAAAGCUAAAGGCUCAACUAGAUUUGAGCCAAUUCCUUAACUAUCCGAACUUGUUAUUACUCCAACUUCAUGAGACUGACACGUUUUAAUUUUUGUCAAAAGCAACUUUAUAUCGAAGGUGUACCUUUGAUUUGACGGCCUGCACGUGCGCAGUGUGGCGCGAGAGCCCGAUGACGUGUUUAUACGCAUGAUUUUUGCUUGUCAACUUGACCAUGACUUCUAUUGUAUAAGCAGUUUUAGCCUGUCUCCAUACUGUACUGUCUUCGAUGAUACAGCACGUUCUUAUUAUACCUCAGUGAUACAGACAAUCCAAAAAUUACAUUCAAUAUUUUUAAACAAUCGUUGUGUGCAAGUUUUGGCGUUCUGCAGAGCCCAUAAACUUUAACCUUUGAGGCAGAGGUUCAAGCGCAUGCGUACUACAAAGACCAACGUCUAACGCCAUGGCGGAUGAGAUAGCAAAAGCUCAGGUUGCCCAGCCCGGCGGUGAUACAAUCUUCGGCAAAAUCAUUCGCAAAGAGAUUCCUGCAAAAAUAUUAUUCGAAGAUGAUCAGUGCAUAGCCUUCCAUGAUGUUACCCCACAGGCCCCUACUCAUUUUUUGGUUGUCCCAAGAAAACCAAUUGUGCAACUGUCAAAAGCAGAGGACAGUGAUGCGGCUAUCCUGGGCCACAUGAUGAUAGUGGCCAAGAAGUGUGCCGAGCAGAUCGGCCUGCCCAAGGGCUACAGGCUGAUCUUGAACGACGGGCCCGACGGUGGCCAGUCCGUCUACCACAUCCACAUCCACGUGAUGGGCGGACGCCAGUUGGGCUGGCCCCCCGGCUAACUGUCCACACAGACCGUCUACCGGCCUGACUACCAUCCGUCAUCUCUUUAUCCCCAGAUAGUCCAAUGCUGUCCCGAUGCAACUUAUUUCACUGUCAGUCUGUCACGUAGACCAACUACUUAUUUCACUGUCAGUCUGUCACGUAGACCUACUUAUUUCACUGUCAGUCUGUCACGUAGACCUAAUGUGAUGAUAUAUCAAUGGUAAAUAAAUGCACUUCACAAGCC